AUGGCGGAUAUCGUGAAACAGAUCCUAGUGAGACCCAUUCAAUUAGCGGAUCAGGUAACUAAAACGGCGGACGAAGCCUACUCAUUCCGUCAGGAAUGUCUAGAGGUGAAAGCCAAAACGGAAAAGCUCGCCGGCCUCCUCCGUCAAGCGGCGCGUGCGAGCAACGAUCUCUACGAACGUCCCACGCGCCGAAUCAUCGACGACACAGAGCAAGUCCUCUUCAAAGCCCUAGCGCUCAUCGAGAAAUGCCGCGCCACGGGGCUGAUGAAACGACUCUUCACCAUAAUCCCCGCCGCUGCGUUUCGGAAGAUCACAAUGCAGUUAGAGAAUUCAAUCGGAGACGUCUCCUGGCUCCUCCGUGUCUCCGCUUCCGGCGAUGACCGUGACGACGAGUAUCUAGGGCUACCACCGAUCGCCGCGAACGAACCGAUCCUCUGUUUGAUUUGGGAACAAGUCGCGAUUCUGUUCACAGGCUCUCUCGACGAUCGAUCCGACGCGGCGGCUUCGCUGGUGUCGCUCGCGCGUGACAACGACCGAUACGGGAGGCUGAUUAUCGAAGAAGGUGGGGUUCCUCCAUUGUUGAAGCUCGCUAAGGAAGGGAAAAUGGAAGGACAAGAGAACGCGGCUCGAGCCAUUGGGUUAUUGGGUCGAGACCCGGAGAGUGUUGAGCAGAUCGUUAACGCAGGUGUCUGCCAAGUGUUUGCGAAAAUUCUCAAAGAAGGCCACAUGAAAGUCCAGACCGUUGUGGCUUGGGCCGUCUCUGAAUUAGCCUCUAACCAUCCCAAAUGUCAAGACCACUUCGCUCAGAACAACAUCAUUCGCUUCCUCGUGAGCCAUUUAGCUUUCGAGACGGUUCAGGAGCAUAGCAAAUACGCUAUCGUGAGUAACAAGCAGACGUUGUCUUCGAUCCACACGGUUGUGAUGGCGAGCAACACCACGAACCCAACAGAGAAGAACGAUCAAGACGAGACAAACAGCAACAUCUCGCAUCCUAUGAGUAACCAGACACCGAGCCAGAUGCACAGCUUGAUUACAAACACGUUGGCAAUGAAGGGUUCGGGUCCAGGUUCAAGUUCGGUCCCUGGUUCGGGUACUAACAAGAACCAGACGAAACAGAGCAACCAACAGCACCACUAUCAUACCAAAGGUGGUUCAAACCCGAGAGGGAACAAUCCAACACACGUUUCGUUGAUCGGGACGAGCAUUAAAGGGAGAGAGUUUGAGGAUCCAGCCACUAAAGCUCAGAUGAAGGCGAUGGCUGCGAGAGCAUUGUGGCAACUCUCAAGAGGGAAUCUCCAAAUAUGCAGAAGUAUAACAGAGUCAAGAGCAUUGCUCUGUUUCGCGGUUCUGUUAGAGAAAGGAGACGACGAAGUCAAGUCAUAUUCUGCAUUAGCAAUGAUGGAAAUCACAGACGUCGCUGAACAAUACCCGGAACUGAGACGUUCUGCCUUCAAACCAACCUCUCCUGCUGCAAAAGCUGUGGUUGAACAGCUGUUAAAGGUGAUCGAAAACGAAAUACCGGAUCUUCUAAUCCCGUGUAUCAAAUCAAUCGGUAGUCUUUCGAGAACGUUCCGUGCAACGGAGACAAGAAUCAUCGGACCACUAGUGAAGCUUCUUGACGAAAGAGAAGCAGAGGUAUCAAUGGAAACCGCAGUAGCGCUUAUAAAAUUCUCAUGCACUGAGAAUUUCCUGCGCGAUAACCACUCUAAAGCGAUCAUAGCAGCAGGAGGUGCAAAGCAUUUGAUUCAAUUGGUAUACUUUGGAGAACAGAUGGUUCAAGUCCCGGCCUUGGUACUACUCUGUUACAUAGCGUUGAAUGUACCGGACAGUGAGACUCUAGCUCAAGAAGAGGUUCUUGUAGUGCUUGAGUGGUCGACGAAGCAAGCUCAUUUGGUGGAAGCACCGACGAUUGAUGAGAUUUUACCAGAGGCAAAGAGUAGAUUGGAGCUUUACCAAUCUAGAGGGUCAAGAGGAUUUCAUUAA